AUGGACGAUCAGCAGAUGAUAGAUUUCAUCCCAAGGAUCGCCAAACUAGGCUAUUGUUGGCAGUUUAUUACUCCAGCAUGAUUUCAUGCUGACGCCCUCAUUAUCGACACAUUUGCUAAAGAUUUUACACGACGGGGAAUGUUUGCAUACGUUGAGAAAGUCCAGAGGGAGAAGAGGAAACAUGGAGUUGACACAUUGACUCAUCAGAAAUGGUCUGGUGCAAAUUGUUAUGACAGAGUUCAGAGGACUGUCCAGGGAGGAAUCACUUCAACUGCUACUAUGGGCAAAGGGGUGACUGAAGAACAGUUUCAAGAGACAUGGACGAGGCCGGGAAUGACUGAUGGCAGCGUCGUGAUUGCAAAUGCCAGAAUGUAA